AUGCAAGCGACCGGCGGGGAGGGCACGGCAGACCCAGCGUUGAAUGUGUCAGUGGACACUUCCCAGGAACUGUCGUCAGGUUUUGUGGAGUGCCAACGCAAUGGCGAUUUUGAGAGGGAGGGACUGAGCGCCUCUAUGGAUGCAACUUCCAGCAUAGAGCAUAGACAGGGGAACUUCAAAACUAUCAGCAAGACAACUUCAGCACCGAGAGACGUGGAGCUAGAGUGGGCAGUGUUCCCGGAGUCCAACUAUUCCUUCGAGGCCGACAGCACACUGGGAAACAAGUGGGGUUCAGGCUCGGAGGAGGAGCUUCUCAAGAAACGACAAGAAGCGUAUUUUCGGGAAGGAACUCGGAGGUCAGUAGCUGCUAUUUUUCUAGUACACAGGGCGGAGUACCCCCAUGUGCUGCUGCUGUUAGAUCAACAGCAGAAGAAGCACAGCUUGUUGAUGUUCAAGUACAAAACUUGGCAGAAACCAAGGGAAGUUUUGCACGCCAAACUUGCAAAGUACCUGAUCAGACCAGAACAAUGCUCCAAACGCAAAUGGGUGGCGCAGCAACUGUCAAACGAAGGGCCUGACAUGGAAGUGGGCGAGUUCCUAGGCGAGUGGUGGAGGGGCGAGUUUGACGACGACUUGGUCCCCUAUCUACCUCCUCAUGUCACUCGGCCAAAGGAGAGGGUUCGCGUACAUCAGGUACAGCUCCCACAUCGUUGUUCUUUUCGCGUCCCUAUGGGAUUUUGCCUGACUGUGGUUCCCAUCUUUGAGCUCUGUUGUCAGCGCGUUGGGUUGGCAAUCAGCGGCCUUUCUCACCUCCUCGCGCGCUUCAGCAUUCGCCUUAUGGUCCCUACUCUGGACAGGUACGAAGCUGAAACAUCAAUGAACCAUGAGAACGAGCCUACAAUGGAAGAUGCAACUACUAACGGGCAUACGAAUGGGGUGGCCUCUCGCGCCGAAGGUGCAGGCUCUCAGCUUGGCACGCAGCCAACCUUGUGCAGAGAAGAGGAGCUUGAGUUGCUGCCACCGGAGCUGCAGCAUCUCGCAGAGCUUGAAGAAGACAACUAA